UCUUAUUAUAAAAAGAAAAAAGAUAAAGCUUUGUCGUACUCACUCAAAAAAGAUGAAUUCGAUUGAAGAAGACGAAAGGAGAAUCCUCGAUAUCGAAGAAUCUCUUAUACAGAAGGAAGUGAACAGUGUCUUAGCCGGAUUGUCUAAAUCAGCUGAAGAUGGUUCAGUAGACAUUUAUGGAAACCCACCAUCGAAGAAGAAAACAGGAAACUGGAAAGCUUGUCCCUUUAUUCUUGGAAACGAAUGCUGUGAGAGAUUAGCUUACUAUGGAAUUGCCAAGAAUCUAAUCACUUACUACACAAGUGAAUUACACGAGUCUAAUGUCUCUGCAGCUAGGCAUGUCAUGAUUUGGCAAGGAACUUGCUACUUCACACCUCUCAUUGGAGCUGUUAUAGCUGAUUCUUACUGGGGAAGAUACUGGACUAUUGCUUCUUUCUCUGCUAUUUAUUUCAUUGGAAUGGUUUCGUUGACCCUCUCAGCUUCAGUUCCUGGUUUAAAGCCAGGAUGUGUUGGCGUUGUUGCUGGUAUAUGCCCACCAGCAACAAUGGCUCAGUAUGCAGUUUUCUUUUUAGGGCUUUACCUUAUUGCACUUGGUACUGGAGGUAUCAAACCAUGUGUAUCAUCUUUUGGUGCUGAUCAGUUCGAUGAUACUGAUCCAAGGGAAAGAAUUAGAAAAGCUUCUUUCUUUAACUGGUUCUACUUCUCUAUCAACAUUGGUUCAUUCAUCUCAUCGACUUUGCUCGUUUGGGUUCAAGAGAACUCCGGGUGGGGGCUCGGUUUCUUGAUCCCCACCGUGUUUAUGGGAGCUUCUAUUGCAAGUUUCUUUAUUGGAACUCCGCUUUAUAGGUUCCAGAAACCAGGAGGUAGCCCGAUUACUAGAGUUUGUCAAGUUCUUGUAGCUGCUUACCGUAAACUGAGUCUCAAUCUCCCUGAAGAUACCUCGUUUCUUUAUGAAACACAAGAGAAGAACUCCAUAAUUGCUGGAAGCAGGAAGAUUCAGCACACUGACGGUUACAAGUGUCUUGACAAAGCUGCUAUUAUCUCAGAAGAAGAAUCGAACUCUGGUUUUUCCAACCCGUGGAAGCUAUGUACUGUAACUCAAGUCGAAGAAGUUAAGAUACUGAUGCGUAUGUUUCCAAUAUGGGCCUCGGGGAUCGUCUACUCUGUCCUGUAUAUACAGAUCUCAACUCUGUUUGUGCAACAAGGACGGUCCAUGAACCGUAUAGUCCACUCUUUCGAGAUCCCUCCCGCUUCAUUCGGGGUCUUCGACACACUUAUAGUGCUCAUUUCCAUCCCAAUCUAUGACCGUUUCUUUGUACCGUUUGUGAGACGGUUCACAGGCACACCAAAAGGGUUAACUGAUCUACAGAGGAUGGGCGUUGGUUUGUUUCUCUGUGUACUAAGCAUUGCAGCUGCAGCAGUUGUUGAGACAGUACGGUUGCAGCUCGCGCAAGAGAGUCUUUCAAUGAGUAUAUUUUGGCAGGUACCUCAGUACAUACUAAUGGGAGUUGCAGAGGUCUUCUUCUUCAUCGGUCGAGUUGAGUUUUUCUAUGAGCAGUCUCCUGAUGCAAUGAGAAGCGUGUGUAGCGCUUUGGCCCUUCUCAAUACAGCAGUCGGAAGCUACCUGAGUUCGGUGAUCAUUACUAUUGUCGCGUACUUUACGACAAUUGGAGGUAAUGAUGGUUGGAUUCCAGAUGACCUUGAUAAAGGACAUCUUGACUACUUCUUUUGGCUUUUGGUCUUUCUUGGACUUGUCAACAUUCCUGUCUAUGCCUUCUUCUCUGUUAAGCACACAAAGAAGAAGGCUCUAUAAGCUAUUGUAUUGGUUUCAUCAUGUUCAUGGUGAUAUACUCUGUUUUAUGUAUAGUCUUGUACAGUCCUGGAUGCAGGAUACUUGUGUAGAUUUUCCAAAAUAUGAAUAUGUUUCGGCCUUUGUAGUCUUUGUACAAAGAACGAUUAUUGGGUCAUUUGUAAAAAAAUUUGGUGUAUAUUUUGUAAUGGCUUUGAUUGGUA